AUGGAGUCUUCAUGUCCUCACCUUGGUGCAGAUAUGAGCCAUGCUGAGAUCGAAGAGUGUGAGACGAGCAUGGUAGCAGUCUGCCCUUGGCAUAGGUACGACUUUGAUCUACAAACCGGCAAAAGCGAAACAGGUCUGAAAGCAUGCACCUAUGCUGUCGAAGUUCGGCCGAGAACAGCAGAGGACGAUAAGCAAUAUGUAUGGCUCCAGCCUCCUGACGAUGGUUCCAAUUGGCGCGUUGUCGAACUCCGGCCUGUUUCGGAAGAUUUUGCGGAUCCACCGCCGGCGACGGCCUCGUCCCAGUUGCCUCCGACAGAGAAACCCGAUACCUCCUCGGACGAGACCGAACCCAUUGUGCCCGAAGCCAACGCGCCAAAGACUCUCAUAGACUGGGCUGUCCUCAUACUCAACACCCCAGACCCGACGCUGAAGGUCGCACGUACCCGGCAUGCAGUUCAUCUUUUCCAUACCGGUCAACUAAGCUCCAUCGGGCAUCGGUCGUCCACGGCCUCGAGGCCGCCGGAAACGCCUCCGCGACAUAAGGAGUAUGCAAAUAAUACGGUCGACCCGGCUGCAGUGAAGACGCUCGGGAACCGGCGAAAGGCCGCCGUGAUGCUGCACGCGCUGGCGAACAUUGAGCAAUGGGCGUUCCGUCCACCUAGCUGGGAUAUCAUCGCGCGAUUCGGGCCGACACACAACCCCCCGCUCCCUCCGGCUUUCUUCGCCGACUUUGCCAAAGUCGCCCUAGACGAGUCAAAGCACUUUUCGCUGCUAGCGGCGCGAUUGGAGAAAAUGGGUGCGCGCGCACCGUCUUCCUUAUGUGUGCGUUAUGGUUCUCUUCCAGUACACGCCGGUUUAUGGGAGUCAGCCCUCGUGACCAAGGAUUCGCUGAGGUCGCGCCUCGCCAUCAUCCACCUCGUCCACGAAGCUCGUGGGUUAGACGUGAACCCAGGCACCAUCGAACGCUUCCGUCGCGCGGGCGACGCGGAGUCCGUCAAGGUGCUCGAGAUCAUUCACCACGACGAGGUGACGCACGUCACCGCCGGCCAUCGCUGGUUCACGCACUGCUGCGCGCAGGACGGCGUCGAUCCUAUACCGACCUUUCGCGAGGAGGUCCGCCGGGGCUGGCGCGGGGAGCUAAAGGGCCCGUUCAACGCUGACGACCGCGAACGCGCCGGUUUAAUACCCGCGUUUUACGAGGGCCUCAGAGGAGGAAUGCUUGAUUCGAACCAAGCAGCAUCUUCGUCCACGAGCAUCGGAUACUAA